CACCAUUGCAAUGCUGCUAUUGGUGAAGUCAAAGAAAGACCACACCCACACUGGUUAACACAAAUACAUGUAAAACGCACACACUAAUAUAUACAUAUAUACAGACACUCUACUCUGUAUAUUUAUAUAUCAUAAUAUAGCACAAAAUAAGAAGCUAGCUACACAGAACGGAGGUGUGUAGUUGUAGAAAGACAACUCUUUUUAUUCCCAAACUGUCAGCAAAACAAGACAAACAGAGAAGACACAGUACAAGACAGACGGGUCUGAAAUGGAAAUGGAAAUGGAAAUGGAGAAUGGAGAAGAAGGGAAGCAGCCAUCAAGAUUCAAGAGGGUGUGUGUGUUCUGUGGGAGCAGCCAUGGCAAGAAGACAAGCUACCAAGAGACUGCCAUUCAGCUCGGAAAAGUCCUGGUUUCUAGGAACAUUGAUUUGGUGUAUGGAGGAGGCAGCAUUGGAUUGAUGGGCUUGGUUUCGCAAGCUGUUCAUGAUGGUGGCCGCCAUGUUAUUGGGGUGAUUCCCAAGACACUCAUGCCUAGAGAGUUAACUGGUGAAACAGUGGGAGAAGUGAAAGCUGUGGCAGAUAUGCACCAAAGGAAAGCAGAAAUGGCAAAGCAUUCGGAUGCUUUCAUUGCCCUGCCAGGUGGUUAUGGAACAUUGGAGGAGUUACUUGAAGUUAUAACUUGGGCUCAGCUCGGGAUCCACAAUAAGCCGGUAGGUUUGCUUAAUGUGGAUGGAUACUACAACUCAUUAUUGUCGUUCAUCGACAAAGCUGUAGAGGAAGGUUUCAUUAGUCCAAAUGCGCGAAACAUUAUAGUUUCUGCGCCUACGCCGGAAGAGCUUGUCAAGAAAUUGGAGGAGUAUGUGCCUAGCCAUGAGGGUGUUGCUACAAAGCUGAGCUGGCAGAUGGAGCAGUUUGGACAUGCUCAAAAGCAAUACAAAUGAUCUAUGUCCAGAUGAAAAUCUUGUAAUGGGACGAUCAGAUUUAUGAUAGUAAUGAAUGAAUGAACUAACUAGGACUGUUAUACAACUAGUGAGGGGAAUCUGGUGUAAUUAUCGGUGCUGACUGCGCAACGCGCAUCAAACUACCUUCAUAUUUUUGGCUAGCCUGUGUUUCUACUAAAGUGCAUUAUGUGAUUUUUCCUGCUAAUGGAAUCCUACUAGUAAUUAUCCCUCUA